AUGGCUGAAGAGCAUGAUGUUACCUUCGACUCCGCCGACGCUGGCGCGUCCCUGACCUUCCCCAUGCAGUGCUCUGCCCUGCGCAAGAACGGCUUCGUUGUCAUCAAGGGCCGACCCUGCAAGAUCGUCGAUAUGUCUACUUCCAAGACCGGCAAGCACGGUCACGCCAAGGUCCACCUUGUCGCUCUCGACAUCUUCACCGGCAAGAAGUACGAAGAUCUCUCUCCCUCCACUCACAACAUGGACGUUCCCAACGUCACCCGCCGUGAGUACCAGUUGCUCGAUAUUUCUGAUGACGGCUUCCUUUCCCUUAUGAACGACGAUGGUGACACCAAGGACGAUGUGAAAAUGCCCGACGGUGAGAUUGGUGAGAAGAUCACCAAGCUUUUCAAGGUUGAUGAGAAGGACACCAACGUCAUCAUCCUUACCUCCAUGGGUGAAGAGGCCGCAGUUGAAGCCAAGGAAGCUCCGAAGCAGUAA